CAGUUUGAUCAACAAACAGCUGCAGCACAACGACAACCAGUUUGUUUAUGCAGCAAAAUUCACAACGAAUGUUUCUGUUCUGGACGCCUCCUUGGUUGGUUCUGACCAGCAGACGAUGGCGGACCGGCUGCAAAGCGCUGCAGAGGUCUCUCCCUGCUCCACACAGGAAGUUCUGGUUCCGACCCGCAGCACCGACCCAUCAGACAGAAACACCAGGCAGGAAAACGGGUCGGAACCGCAGCAUCGUGUCCCGGUCAGCAGAAAGCUCUACAACCAGAUAGUCUGUGGGUCAGAACCCGACCAGCAGAACCCUCAGAUGGAUCAAGUACUGUAUGAAGCCGACCCGGUUUCCAGAACCCCCAGAACCUCCAGAACCCCCAGGACCCCCAGAGCCGCCCCCAGCCCAGAUGACCCCCUGGUCCAGUUUGACCAGCAGCAGAUCGUCAUGCUAGCAGACGAUGAGGUGGUGAGAACAGCUGCAGCUUCUCUCUUCCACAAACAUCCAGCGGUCAGUUCGCUUCACGCCGUCCGUCCCCGGCACCGAGUCCGGCAGGUCAAAGGUCAGGCGGCGCCUCUGUCGGAACGCAGCAGCCUGGUUCUGGUGGGUCACGGAGCCAGAGAGCCUUCAGGAGAGAUGAGGAUAUCGGGGUACAGCUACCAGGACGUGGCCAGGAUCAUCCAGAGCAGCUCCAGGAUCGGCCAGAAGAUCCAAACCACCGCGGUGGUGGCCUGUGGCGCGGGAUCGGACCGCCGCUUCCCACAAGCUCUGCUGCAGACGCUGCACCGAGCCGGCCUGGAGACGGAGCUGCACCUGUGGGAGACCGCCGUCCAGGUGGCGGAGACGGGAGACGUCCUGAGUCAGGACGGAGCGCGGUGGAGAUCUGGAGAUCACAGCAAGAAGCUGGUUCUGACUGUCGGCCCGACCGGAGAGAUCCGGAGGAGGGACGACCGCCGAAACUGCACCGGGCAGGAAGUUCCCACCAAUCAGACGGCGCUGCUGGGGAAUGGAGACAAUGAAGACUCAUCAGUUGACUCACGUUUUGAUAAGUACAGAAGCAGCUGGCCGGAUAAACCAAGUCAUUUUGUAACUCCUGAAGUUUUGGACAAAAUAUUUGAAACAUUAAAACAAAAUGUUAAAUAUCUUGAAGCUCUUAGUUGGGGAUUCUUUCACUCAAACCAACCAAUACCAGAUAAAGCCGACUUGAACGAUUUCAACAUGAACAACUAUGUUGUUGGGAAAAGAGAUAAAAAUGGAGCAAUUGACUGGUUGACAAAAGAAGAUGAUGUGAAAGAGCUUCUUAAAAAGUGUUAUUUGAUUAAAUCAGGAAGUGACAUCAGAAACAUCAUCCGCCACUUUGCAAAGGAUGGAGAGACAGAGAUCACAUACCUGAUGGUUAAUAACUGGAUUUAUGAAGUUGAUCCUCAAACUCUUUAUGUUUAUCCUGUUGGAAAGAAGCUGAUCAACAAGAAGCUGGUUCUGACUGUCGGCCGGACCGGAGAGAUCCGGAGGAGGGACGACCGCCGAAACUGCACCGGGCAGGAAGUUCCCACCAAUCAGACGGCGCUGCUGAUGAAUGGAGACAAACACGGAAACAACAACAAGCGUCUCAACAAAGAGAAACAACCCGAAGAACAACCAAAGACCUUCAUUGAUCCAAAGAGGGCAGCUUGGUGCACCACGUAUUUCACAGCUUCAGUCAUUAGUGAAUCUGCCAGAAACUUCCGGACGUUUCCUUUGACCCUCAUGGCUCUGAGCAUGGAUGCUACCAGGUUCUGGUUCGACCCAAACUACAUCACCAUGGCUGAUGGGGGAACCUGGCUGAACACACCGCAGAGAGGAUUCAGCGGCGCAGCAGGAGGAGACCUGGAUAAUCUGAAAGACCUUCUAGUUAGAGAGUACAGAACGAUCAGUGAGUGGCAGGAUGGGGGUCAGGAUGAGAAAGCUCAGUUCACUAAGAUGGCUGAAAUCGCAGAGGAGUUUACCGUAUUAAACUCAGAGGAGGAAAAGGGAAACUUCAUAGCAGAUUGCCAAACAUUCUUCAACACUGUGAACAACCAGCAGAAUCUCCCAUCAGCAUCUGGCAGCUCAGCAUCAAUGAUCAGAAAACGUUCCAACAUUCAGCCUGAAGUCAAUAAAUGA